CCCGCCUGGAUGCGCCUCUACUUCUACGGGAUGCACGGGAUCACCCUGGACGUGCUGGUGUCGUCCGCGCGGCGCUUCGCUCGCAGCCCCGACCUCCGGAUGCUGGGCUUCUCCUCGCCCUACCGCUGCCUCCUGCACCUGCUCACCCACUUCGCCCUGGAGAAGGUCUACCUGCAGCGGCGGCGCUGCCCCAGCGCCUUGGUCUUCAAUUUCCUCCUCUACCCGCUGGCGCACGUGGGGCUGCAGACCGGGCUGCCGGACCUGCUCCGCUUUCUCUUUUACGGGAUGCACGGCUUUUUGGAUGAGAUCUUCUUCACCUUCUUCUUUGACGUGCUGGGCCAGGGGGACCGGGCCACCAGCGGCCACACGUCGCUCUGGUCCUUCUUCAUGUACGGCAGCUGCAGCUUCGUGGUGGAAAAGCUCUAUUUCUACCUGCACUACAGUCGCGGCUGGAGCACCUGGCAGCGGGUGCCCAUCUAUGUGAUGUUCAUCUACCUGUGGGAGCUGUCCUGGGGCCUGGGCCUGCGCGCCUGCGGAGCCUGCUCCUGGGACUAUUCCCACUACCCGCUCAAUUUCAUGGGCCUCAUUACCCUGAUGUAUUUACCUGGUUGGAUAUUCCUUUGCGUGUACCAGGACCUGCUUUCCAACGCGUUGUGGCGAGUGCAGUACAUACCAGCGGACUAAAACAAACCGGGCUCUGGAUUCCCAUCCAUGAAUGCGAUUUAUUUUUACACGUUUAAAACGGAGUGGUCUUCUUGGCGUUUUAAUUUUCAUGCGUUGUACUAAACUCUUGCAACAAAGGUCAUCUUAUCUUUUCGUUUUUUCUGGCUGUUUGGUACCCGUGCAUGAUACCUUACUUGGAAAUAUUACUCAAAGUACUAACUCGUCCAUAUUGUAAAAACCCUCACAAGCCCAAACAUCGGGAAGCUGUAGGAUUCGCCUGUGUGGGCAUAGGUGGCUGAUAACUGCUGUUUUUUUUUUUAUUUUUAUUUUGGUGAGGAAGUUCUUCAAACCAGAGGCCAGUGAUUUUUACCAGAUUUAGCAGAAUGUUGUGGUUUAAUGGUGUGUUUACUUUCUUUUGAAUCCAAUUUCACCUUAAUUCCUUGCCAUAUUUAUCGAAGACUGCCGAAAUCCAGUGUCUUGUACUCCUGAAACUACAGUUCAUAGCUCUUAAGUGCCUCCCUUCUAGCCUACAAAGUGGAAAGAAACUGACUAAUGUGAAACCAUCCUAUGAACUGAUGUUUAAAUAAGUCUUUUCUAGCAACCCCAACAGGUGACACUGUGUUAAGUGUUUGAUCUCCAUCCGGGAAAUGAUGGUUUUCCAACGUGAGUUAGCCUUAAACUCCGAGGUUGAUCAGAUCCUAUGUUAUCUGUGGCCCUCCAUGUUUGUUACUGUGUAAUAAUGUAAAAUGUUUACCUUCCAUGUCCAAGGGCCAAGCCAAAUUAUACCACCCUCAGUAGUGUUCAACCCUUAGGGCCCUUUCUCCGUGGAGCUUCAAGAGUAGAAACAAUUCCUUGAAAUAACAUGAACUUGAACGUUCGCCCUAAUUGCAUUAGGCCUACCUGUUUUCUGCAUAUUUCUGCCAUGGCUCACUUGUAAACAUUUUUCUUUUUCCUUCUGGGCCCACUCAGAGUUCUUGGGCGAAGCCUGGUGUGUAAUUCAAACUAUAAAUCGAUAGUGUUUUGGUGACUCAUUAUUAAUGUCUGCAAGUUCCAAAGUUAAAUGAGAUGAUGUAAACCAUUUAAAGAAAUCAUGUCUAAUCUAUUAAACAUGUAUUUAAGGUUG